AGAUAAGACUCCAAAAAAUAUCUUCACAAAUCUAAAUUCCCCAAAAUUUCUGCUUUCCUUCAUAUUCUGAUUUUCAAUGGAAUUAGGGUUUCUGUCAAAUUAAUAAAUCAAUCCUCCAGUCAUUGAAAUUGAGUAACAAUGAAUUUUGCAGUGAGCUUUCGAGGGGAUUUCAGUCUCUUGUCUCAGUGCAGCUCUUGUUCUCUUCUCCCGUUUCAGCCAUCGUUAGCUCCUUCAACUCCUGCUUGGUCAAGAGGACGGUUUCGGAACUCGAAGUGUCUUCAAGUUUCGAGGAAGAAGGUGGUUGCUUGUAGCGUGACGGAGACACAGACUGAACCAGAUGGCAAUAACGAUAAGGAAACAGAAGAGCAUGAUGAUGGAAACUUACAAGCUUCCACCAGUUCCCCUGUGCAAAAUGGUAACCAGCUCAAUCCUGAACCUGCAAUUGUGGAUCAAAUAAACAAUAAUGAUACAGAAACUAAAGCUCGAGCUGGUGCUCAGGAAGGUGAUGAUGUUGAAGUCACCAGUGGAUCACCUCUUCCAGGCCUGAAGCCACAGCAAUUGGAUGACUCAAUGAGGAUUUCAAAAGAAACUAUUGGCAUUCUUAAGGACCAAGUAUUUGCAUUUGAUACUUUUUUUGUGACAAGCCAGGAACCAUAUGAGGGUGGAGUAUUGUUUAAAGGAAACCUGCGAGGACAGGCUGCUAGAAGUUAUGAAAAGAUGUGCGCUAGGAUGGAGAACAAAUUUGGGGAUCAGUAUAAGCUUUUCCUUCUAGUCAACCCAGAAGAUGAUAAGCCAGUGGCAGUUGUUGUUCCAAAAAGGAGCUUGCAACCAGAGACAACCGCUGUCCCUGAGUGGUUUGCAGCUGGUGCUUUUGGACUGGCUACAAUUUUUACCCUACUUCUCCGAAAUGUGCCUGCAUUGCAAUCCAACUUAUUAUCAUCAUUAGACAAUCUCAACUUGUUAGUCGAUGGUUUACCUGGAGCCCUUGUAACUGCACUUGUUCUUGGAGUACAUGAAUUUGGCCACAUUCUUGUUGCAAAGAGCACAGGAGUCAAACUCGGUGUUCCAUAUUUCGUUCCAAGUUGGCAGAUAGGCUCUUUUGGUGCCAUAACAAGGAUCAAAAACAUUGUUUCCAAGCGUGAAGACCUCCUGAAGGUUGCAGCAGCUGGACCAUUAGCUGGGUUUUCCCUGGGUUUUGUUCUGUUCCUUCUAGGAUUCAUCUUGCCACCUAGUGAUGGUAUUGGAGUUGUUGUUGAUGGUUCAGUGUUUCAUGAGUCAUUCCUUGCCGGGGGUAUAGCAAAGCUUCUUCUAGGCGAUGCACUCAAGGAAGGUACGCCUAUUUCAGUAAACCCACUCGUUAUUUGGUCUUGGGCUGGACUCUUGAUUAAUGCCAUCAACAGUAUUCCUGCUGGUGAGCUGGAUGGUGGGAGGAUCUCUUUUGCUAUAUGGGGAAGAAAGGCCUCAGCUCGGUUAACAGGUGCCUCUAUCGUGCUACUAGGCCUCUCCUCGUUGUUCAAUGAUGUUGCAUUUUACUGGGUAGUUCUCAUAUUCUUCUUGCAAAGAGGCCCUAUUGCUCCACUCUCCGAGGAAAUCAGUGAUCCAGAUGACAAGUAUGUUGCCCUUGGAGUUUUAGUUUUGAUCUUAGGAUUGCUGGUAUGCCUACCAUAUCCGUUUCCUUUUAUAGAUGAGGUCAUUACAGAUUUCUAGUAGUUCAAGUUAAUUUAUACAUAAUUAGCUCAGAAGAGCAAAUGUAUCCAUUGAAAAUCAGUCCUUCAUCGAGGGAUGGCCAUGACAAGCAAAUUGGCGUAUGAAGUGGCUUCCCUUUGCAUGAUAACGGAUGAUAUAGAAUGUAUCAUUUUCAGACUGAUUGGUUGAAGCUUUUCCUCCUACUUC